AGACAAGCAAGGUAUCCGCGAACAUCAUAAGCUAACCUGCCCUCCCCCUCUCAGAUCCAUCAUGGAAAACGCCUCAGGUCGGCGAAGCAUGAGCGCCUGUCUCAGAGCAUCCUUCGGCUCCCUUCUCCGCCGCCCGCACACCCUCAUCUUCUCGCGCCCGUUCGCCCUCAUCGUCAUGGUCUACGGCGGCACCUACCUCACCGCCAACACCCUCGACACGGCCAUCUCGACGACGCAGUCCCGGCCGGCGACGCACGUCAGCACCGGCACGGCCAAGUUCCUCGGCCCCACGGCCGCCAACGUCGGGCUGGGCAUAUACAAGGACCAAGUCUUCGUGCGGCUAUUCGGCCCCGCCGGCGCCGUCCCGCGGCCCGUCUCCCUGCCCUCUUACCUCCUCUUCACCCUCCGCGACUGCCUGACCAUCUUCGCCUCCUUCAACGUCCCGCCGCUUCUCGGGCCCAUGCUGACGGACCGCCUCGGCGACGCCGUCCAGCGCCACGUGAGCGGCCAGACCGUGGCGCAGUUCGUCGCCCCGGCCGCCGUGCAGGCGCUCAGCACGCCGCUGCACCUGCUCGGCCUGGACCUGUACAACCGGCCCUACGCGCCGCGGACGGCCGCGCCGAGCUUCGCCGAGCGACUGGCCCUCGUGCGCAAGAACUGGGCCGCCAGCACCGUGGCCCGCAUCUGCAGGAUCGUGCCCGCCUUCGGCGUCGGCGGCGUCGUCAACAUGAAGGUGCGGAGGGGGCUGAUGGACGGGCUUGUGUAGGCGUCUAUCAGGGUUGCCCCCUGAGCGGCGCGCUAUCCGUUUCUUCGUUUUGUGGCUUGUAAAUUUUCUUUGGGGGAGCCUUGUUUUGUGACGAGCGGCUUCGAGGGCGAGAGGCGUUUGGUUUUGUCUGUUUUUCCUUCUCUUUUUCCUGGCAGCAUACUGGUAGCAUAGAUGCAUUUGAAGACUUACAUGUGCGGAUUUCUAGAUAGAUAAGAUAGUUAUAGAGGAUCUAAUGGGUGGUUGGUAGAUAAAACGAGAACGAUGGCUGUAACGAUAGAAUAUACUAUUGCAACUCUUAA